AUGGAUCUACAGCAACAGCGUUUACUGGCAGAAAUUCUACAGCAACCCGAACCGAAAACAUUGAGAUUGAAAGUAUAUCAAACGACACCAGAGCAUCAGCAACAGCAAAUUCUGAAUUCUGAUAUUACGGCUAACAAUUCCUGGUUCGCAUCAUUUGCUAUGCAACGAAACAGAUAUCCGAACUUCAUGUCAAAUCUGGAUUCUUCUGCUUUCCCCUUAUCUCCUAAUAGUCAUCAAAUUUUCUCUGGUUUUAAUUCAAUGGUGAACACAAAUUAUCUUCCAGCAGUUGCAUCUUCCACAAUACCACUACUGAACAUACCACUUAUUGAGGAAACGCAAAUUGAUGAACUGGCGGGUUUUCUGGUAGUAGACGAGCUACAGAAAAUGGCAAAUUCUUCAAAGCAAACAUGGCAAAAUCUGAUGCAGCAUCAAGAAAUUCAUUUACCACGGGUAACAAUAGCACAACACGGACUAUACCAGCAAGUACCGUCCGUAUCGUCCUUCAUGAAACGAUGGAUUUCGGAAUCUUUACAGCAACAAGCGGUGGUGGGAAGCACCCAAAUGACAACAGCAAUCAAACGAGCUAGAGUAAUCGUGAUCGAGCCAGAAAUGAAAUCGGCACCUUGCUGCUCUUCUAAUGUUUCUAGCGAAAACUCAACUGUUAGAAGGAUGGAUUGGUCCAAGAAAAAGAUCAAAAAACUUGGCAGUCAUAUUUAUGGGAAAAGGAAAGGACGAAAUAUUAAAUGCGAUAUCGGCAAUCAGAAUGAUAACGUUAAGAAAGAAGAUGCCGAAGAUGUGCAGUACGUGGAUGUGGAAAGUGUGGAUGAAAAGUUAGAUAGUAAAGAACAAAGGAAAGCAUUGAUCGAGUUCUACCGGAAAGUUAAAACUAUUCGAAUGAGUUAUGCGACAGAAGAUUUGCUGAUCUGUCAGAUGUGUGAACAAAAAGUACAAAAUUCCGAUUCAUUAAUAUUAAUUCAUUUAUAUGGACAUGCUGAAGUAAUGCCUUAUCGUUGUAAAAUGUGUGGCGCUAGUGAAUGCCAGCUAGAACGAAUUUAUGCUCACAUCAAACAGGGACAUCCCAAUAAGGAUCCCUCAAUAACUUAUGAAAACCGGCGAAAUAUGGCUCAGUUAAUAUCCUUGCUACGAACAUGCUUCCCGCGGAAUAUUACUAAGACAAAAGCGACAUAUUGUGAUCUGAUUGAUAAGAUAUGUGCGGUAGCAAAGAAGAAAUCAUUAGCAAAAUUGACGUGUGUGGUUUGUAGGAGAAAAAUUUCAACACGAAAGGAGUCAUUAGUGCGUCACGGCCAAGCACAUCUCCAUUACAGAUGCAGAAAUUGCGGUAUUAUAUUAUUCGACGAAACAACCAUCGUUGAACACUGUACAAAGAAGCACGGUGUCAUAGAUCCACAACGCAGAACUCAUUACGAUGCAUGCGUCAAUACUUCUGAUAAAAGAGAAAUCGCACUGAAGAACUGCUUCGGCAAUAUUUUGGAUGAAAAAGCAUGA